AUGGCCAGGGAAGAGCCAAACUUGUUCAUAUUCAAUGACUCGGAUCUGGACUCAGAUAUAGAUGCCUUUGGUAGGGGUAUCAAGAAAAGAAAGGUCAAAGUGGAAAAUGAGUUCCAGCCCUCAGAUUCAGGUUCAGACUCAGAUGAGUGGGAUGAGAUCCCAUUGCAAACACCAGUUAAUCCUCUUGAAGAAACAACUCGAGACCCAAGCGAGGAAUCAUUCAAUAUUACAAUUGCAAAGCAUACUAAUGUUGAUAAGGAAAAGAGAAAGGCGAGAAUCCGUGAAAAGCAAGUAAAGACCAGUAUUCACCACCUUGGUCUAGUGGCAUACAUGACCCAUUUCAAAAAGAGAAAUGUAUUGCUUUCUGAUAAAAAGGUGCUUCGGUCAUUGAAGAAACUUUUACCUGAAUCAUUCAUAAAAGGACCCUAUAAGAAGUUUAGGAAUAUGAAAGCUGCAAACUUUCCGAAUCCCCAGGAAGCAGAUGUACUUUUCAUCUAUGUCUUGAAAUAUCUCAUAAAAUGGUUUAGAAUUAAUUUUAAAUUUGAUUCUAAUGGAAUCAGGGUAUUGGGUUACUUGCCUCCAAUUGGAAUAAAAACGCCUGAAUUAUUCUACCCUAAGGCCGCCACUUCCAUUCAGAAUAGGCAUGAUAUCUUAAAAGUCAUACUGAGAUUUAAACAUAACAGAGAUACUGGUGCUCAGUUAUUUACUGCCUUGUUGAGAUCUCUUGGAUUUGAGAGUCGAAUGAUCUUUUCCUUACCAGUGUUACCUAUUUCAACAAAAUUGAAACCACAGCCAAAAAUAGAUCAUAAAAAGCUCGAAAUUAACAAGGACUUUGAUCUCCUAUAUCCAUACUACUGGAGUGAGGUAGUUAAUCCCUUGGACCCUGGGGAAUUGAUUGUGUUGGAAGGAAUUUGCUUCCAUGAUGAAUCGAAAUGGUUGACUCGUUUGAAAAGGUUUGGUAAACCCAAUUUGUUGCAAUACUUCACACCCAUUUUUUAUCCGGUUGCUAAUGAGCUCAACCAAAUGUGGAUGCAAUAUGUUCUAGCCUUGGGUAGUGAUAAUUUAAUGUUGGACGUGAGCUCCAGAUAUAUGUCGGAUGUAUCUUACAGAUGGUUCAAUAAACUUGACUUGAGAACGGAUUUGGGUCGCUGUGCACUUCUUCUUCAAUCACUAUUGCGAUGGUUUAAUAAAAAUUUAGAUUAUUCACCUGAUGCUAAUAAAGAAUUGAAUUGCUUAAGAGAAAUUGCUUUAACGAACUAUACAAUUCCAGAUACGUUGUCCGCAAUGAAACGAAACCCAAAUAUUGUUACAGAGUUAAAUUUAAGAUACAACGAAUUGAUACCUCCCCGGGAAGUUCCUAUAAAGCAAAUAGUACUUGAUGGUAAGAAGAUUGGAGUACAUUUCAAGAAUUGUCUUCAAGUGGGAAAAUCAGAAACGCAGUGGAAGUUCCUUGGCAGAUCUGUUAAACCCCAGGAAAUUGCCACCCCUAUGAAAAGUACAACGGUAACUUUUAGAAGAUCUGUGCACAAUCAGCGUGUACACAACUUGAACAUUGCAAAUGGAACUCCAGAGCUUAAUGAAACCAAGCUUUUCACAUUUGCACAAACUUGCCCAUAUAUUAAACCUCGGAUUACGUUGGUGGGAACUACAGAAGUACUCCCUCGAAAUAAAUAUGGAAAUCUUGAAGUUUACCGCGAAGCAAUGGUUCCCGAUGGGUGUUCAUGGUUGAAACUAUCGAGCAUUGAGCAUAUUCUUCAGGACUAUAAAUCGGGUAAACUCAAAACCCCGUUCAUGGACUCAGUUGAAUAUGUUCCUGUGGUUGUUGGCUUUAACUUUGGCUCAAUGCCAAAAGCUAUUAUCCCAAUUAAACAGGGGGUGAUUGUUCUAAAUUCACAAUUGGAUGUUGUGAAAAAGAUUUGGUUAUAUGGCAAGAUCCGAGAUGACAAUCUCAGGAAAGAGGAAGCCAUUUCAGGAUGGUUUCAUAUACUUAGUAAACUCAGAAUUAAGUCUAGACUCGAUUCAGAAUAUGGUGAAGUUGGUUAA